GGCCUUUUACGUUUACUACACGGUAGAAGCACACAGCUGCUCUUAUAGAAGGACAGAUGCGCAUCAUGUUGAUGUUGUUUAUAACGUUACCUGAUGUGAGAAAGUGCGGUCCAACGAUGGUCGAGUAACUGACCUCACAUUUUCCCUCUGAUUUCGCGCCCCACCUCUUUCACACACAGCAUUAAUAGGCCAGUUCUCCUCCUCCUGACCUAGUGAGAGACAAGACAACACUGUCAAGAUUUGGACAGAAUGGGAUAUGCGCACUGCUGUACCGUGCUUCUUAUAGUAUUCAUUGCGCUACAGCAAUCUGCUGGAUUUUGGCUCUUCGAUGUGGUAUUCCCACCAAGUGCCAAACCGCAAAACAAAGUGGCAAACAAUAGCACUCCGCCGGUUCUUAUAGUACCUGGGAACCUAGGAAACCAGCUUGAGGCCAAGAUUGACAAGCCAAGCCUUGUGCAUUGGAUGUGCUACAAAAAGACAGAUGACUUUUUCACACUUUGGAUUGACCUGAAUAUGUUCAUGCCAAUUGGGCUUGACUGUUGGAUCGAUAAUAUAAGAAUUGUAUACAAUAGGACAACUCGCAAGACCUCCAAUUCUGCAGGGGUGACGGUGAGAGUGCCUGGUUUUGGACAGACCUAUUCUGUUGAGUUCUUGGACACAAACAAGUUGUCAGGAUAUUUUCACACUAUGGUUACACAUUUGGUCAACAUGGGAUAUGUCCGUAAUGAGACUGUCCGAGCAGCACCAUACGACUGGAGGGUAGCUCCAAACGAGCAGGAGGAAUACUUUGCACGACUGAAGAAGCUGAUUGAGGAUAUGUACGAGCAGUAUCAACAACCACUUUACCUCUUGGGACACAGCAUGGGAAGCAAUUAUGUACUCUACUUCUUAUAUCAGCAGACCCAGACUUGGAAAGACCAAUACAUCAAAGGCUUUAUUUCACUUGGAGCACCCUGGGGUGGGGCAGUCAAGCCUAUUCGAGUGCUAGCAUCAGGUGAAAAUGAUGGCAUCCCAAUGGUAUCCAACAUCAAGAUCCGGGAGGAGCAACGCAUGACCACAACAAACCCCUGGAUGCUUCCAUUUGAAGAGGCAUGGCCUGCAGACCAUGCCUUCAUCUCCACACCCUCAUUCAACUAUACCCACCAGGACUACCAGCGCUUCUUCAAAGACAUAGACUUUGAGGAUGGCUGGUUCAUGUGGGAAGACACCAGAAACCUGACAGCUGGUCUGCCCCCCCCUGGUGUUGAAGUAUACUGCUUCUAUGGUGUGGGGCUGCCCACACCGGUUACCUAUAUUUAUGACGACCAGUUCCCAAAUGUAGACCCUAUAGACUAUGUGUAUGCUGAUGGGGAUGAUACAGUGGACAGUCUUAGCAUGAGUUUAUGUAAGCGUUGGAUAGGAAAGCAAGCACAGCCUGUCUAUGUCAAGGAGUUCAGGGCCAUGCCCCACUUGGAAAUAGUAUUCAAUAGCAAGGUGCUCAACGUGGUCCAGAGUAUCCUGGAAGGAAGAUAUGGAGAAGAGGAUUCUACAUUCCAUGAGACUGAUGAACGUCCCAUUGACUCUGCAGUCAUGCAAGAUCAAGUCCAGCCGGACAAGGCUCCCAAAUCUACACUGUAAGCUUUUGGGGAGAAAAUAAUUCACUCUCCCAAUGUACAUACGAUUACUGAUGUAGUAGCUACUGAGUUGGACUUACACACUGAGUGUACAAAACAUUAAGAACGCCUGCUCUUUUCAUGACGCAGACUGAACAGGGGAAUCCAGGUGAAAGCUAUGAUCCCUUAUUGAUGUCACUUGUUAAAUCCACUUCAAUCAGUGUAGAUGAGGGUUAAUUAAAGGAUUUAUAAGCCUUGCGACAUGGAUUGUGUAUGUGUGCAACUCAACAUUAGGUGUUCCUAAUGUUUGGUAUACUCAGUGUAUAUGUACACACAUCCUAACUAGUAUUACUAAUGAGAUGUGAUAUAGUAUGCAUAUGCCUCUUGUUUCAUUAUGCUUAUCUUUUCCUCUUAGCAUGAUAGGAAAUCAAAAAAUAAAUAUGUAUUUGGUCA